AUGAUCCCUCACUCUCAAGCCAACGCCGGCGCUAGCCCCAGCCACCUCAUGUCGCCAUCCACAUCUCAAGACGCAAUCUACUCUUCAUCUCCACUUUCCGAGUACUCUGUGACUGUUCCAGACCUGGAUGCACCUGGCGGGGCAAGGCGCUCAACAAGUGCAUCCGACGCACUCCAGUACUACUGGUCGAGCUCGGCUGGCGAGCGCAGCGGCUCGGUCGGCUCCAACCUCGCCUUGUCGCCUAUCGACUUGCCCUCGAGCUCGCACAUCCUCACAUCACCUUAUUCGCUUUCAUCUCCUCAUUCCCUCGCGCCUCUGAGCACAUCCCCGAUGAUGGCGCAUCACAAGUCUGAUGUGAGCCUUCGCGAUCUGGUUGCGGAGGAGCAGGAACAGGGUCGCCAGCGAGCCGCGGCUGCUAACGGCGCGUCAACUGAAUACAACGCGCCCUUGGAAGAUCCACGCCGCUCGGUGCCGCGCGACCAUGACGUGUCAUCAGCAGGCCAGUCGAAUCGCCACAUCCACCUCGUCUCGUACCCCAGCGACGGGAGCCUCCAGAGCGCAGCUCAUCACCGUCGGUCAAGUCGCGCCUCGAGCAACUCGGGUGAGAGCGAGUACUCUGAUUGUGAGCGAGACGACCCUCCCGAGAAACCCAUCCAACGCCGCACGUCACCAAUGUCGCAACAACGUCCACGCGGGCUCGUCGACGCUGAGGGCCGCUUGGACGUGAUGCUUGACCCUUCGUUUGAGGAGUGGGCGCACCAGCGCGCGUGGGACGGGGGCGAGAACAAGAGCUCGAGCGCGCCCAUCUCGCCCUCGGACGCGGCCGCACCUGGCGCAGCCUCUGACAGAUGGCACACGCCCGUCACCACUCUGCUUGAACGGCGGCGGGCGACGCGCACUCCGUCCCCACAAGGGGAUCGCACGCCCCGUAACUCGGCACCCAGCGGCACGCAGACACCACGCGCAUCGCUGCCCAAGAGCGGGCGGUUGUUGUUCGUCGCAUCUCCCGAAGUGUCGAGACGCUCGAUCGACGCGUUAGAGCGCGAGGCGCGUGCAGUUGAUGGCCUCGGCCUUGACACCACGCGUGGGAGUCGACUCGGCUUGUCGAUCCUGGCAAACGAACAUGACUCAGAGAUGCCGCACAGUGCGCCCGCGAUCAAGACUGGCUUUGGAGACAUAUUACUGCCAGAACCACGCCGUCCCACGUCGCUCCUUCCUUCCGUGCAGAUGCGCUCGCAGGCGCGCCACACGCUGAGGCCCCCGAACAGCGACGCUGGGUUGAAUGCGCGGCGGAGCCCCGAGCCACCACCCCGGAGUGAGCUUCGUAAACAGCGGACACGCACCCUCACUCCACCUCAAGGCCCCAUCGUCACUACCCCGCCAUCAUUGACAUCUCCCCUCAACACAAACAACAAUACCGACUUCAACAGGCUAAACACCCACGGAGGAUUACGCACUCAAACACUCCCCACCAUUAUCAACACACCAAACACCCCUGUCGCCUCACCACAGCAGCCAGGGCGGAGCGCGCGGGAACCGUCGCCGCGGUCACACACUGCUCCUCUACCCGGCGACAGAGCGCGCUCUGAUUCAACACAAAAAACGAACAUGCGGGAGUCGGGCACCAUCCAGGACUUGACAAAGAUCCUCGGCGGGGCCAUCGACGAGAUUGGCCUGAUCGACUCGCGCGACACGCCGCCGCCAAACAUCGAGGUGCCGCCCAAGCAGCGUCUACCUUUAAGGCUAUCGCAAGUGCCCGUGCGCUCGGCUUCGAGUCACGUCAACGCCUUACCAGUCCACUCGCCCGAGCAACAGUUCAGCCAGCUGUCUCCGCUGUCGCCGACUGGUCAGGUCCAGGGGACGUCGCCAACAAACGGGCGUGGGAACAUGCUCAGCGCGAGCCCGGUCGGCUUGGGCCUAAUGAGCAGUGUCGGUGCGAGUGUGGCUGCCGCGGGCAAUGCGGCGACCCAACGUACGGGCAACGCGGUCCGCCAUGUGCGCAAGGCGUCGUCAAUACUGUCCCUCCGAUCGAGCAACUACUCGUACAUGUCGCCGACGGCGUCGACGUUCUCCGGGGGCUCGCUUCCCAAUGCCGUGUUAUUCGGCAGCAUCAAGCAGCUCAAGACACCAGGCGACCGGGCGAGAGCGUACGCGCAGAGUGUGGCGGAGCUGCAGCGCACAGACUCGGGGCUGCGCGAGUGGCUGUAUCCUCAAUACCCUAUACGUCCCGCGAUGCCGCGGCCCGCGGUGGCGGCCCAGUCGGGACUAGGCCUCGGGUUACGCCCACCCGACCAGCAGCAGCGCAUCGUGUCUGGCUCCUCCGAGUUCCCGAUAAGAGUGGAUGCGUACUCGGCGCGCGAACUGUCUGUCCGCAAUCUCGAGCCAGCGGACGCGCCGACUGCGCUUCCCUCCAACCUCCCUUACCCAACGCUGCAGCAGCACGUCAAGGGCUCGAACAGUAUGCAGAGCCUGACGAGCCUGUCGUCGUACAAGCCACAGCCGCGCGGCCUGGGAAGGGCCUUCAAUUUCCUCAAGCGCGAAAAGGAGAACGCGUCACUAACAAGCUUGGGUCCAGCAAACCCGCAGGCCUUUGCGCCGAGCAUGGGCGGCUCGAAGCGCGAGCUGCGCAACAUGCCCAUCUCGGGGCCGUACUCGCCCGCCGCAGGUCGGAGUAGCUUGGACAGCAUAGAGGGGCCGCGGGUGCAGCCGUCGCUCGCCGUUCCCCGCGGGCCGCGCGAGGUGCCGGGCCGUGCGAGCCACGAAAUCCAGCGCACCAGCGCGGAUCGGCAACGGUCGCCUGUCCCGGGACCACAUGGGGCGAGUCCGCUCGCGCAGCGCGACCACAACACGAGCGACGAGGAGGUGCGCGCCAUGUCCGAGAUGCUUCCGCACGGCGAGCGGGCCGUGCUCCGUGCAUACCUCCAGACCUACGGCGAGCCGAGCUAUGCGCUAACGGCGUAUAUUGAGGACGAGAAGAACGGAACGCUGAUGCGCGCAGCGUAG